UACAUUUGGUUGUACAGUGUACUACACAUCGUUCAUUGUAACAUAGAUGUUCAGUACAAAAGUGUCAAUAUUACUGUUGUUUUCUUUAGCGACUGUAUAGAAAUCAAUUUAAAGCUUAUGUAUUAAUUAUACUCAAUUUAUAAUGGCACCGAACUAUAGCAAAUUAAUUUCAAGGACAGAUGUGAGAAUUGCUAUUGCUGCUUCUACAGCUUUAACAGCCUGGUAUGUCAAGAAUUACUACAGGCCAGGCAAGCGCAGCAGAAGCAAAGAUGGUAGACUGAACAAGCUCUCACCAGAUCAACAAAUACAGUAUAUGAUCAAACAGGAAACAAAAAAGGGACCAAAAGGAAAAGUAGAUGCCAGAUUUUGGGCAGAUCUGAAGGUAUUAUGGAAAGUUAUGUUCCCAGGCCUAUGGUCGAAGGAGAGUGGGUUGAUGGUGCUGAUAGCAUUAUCUCUUAUUUCAAGAUCCGUUUGUGAUCUGUGGCUUAUACAGCAUACAACAUUAAUAGAAGGAUCCAUUAUCACAAUGAAUUUAGUGGACUUCAAGAGACUUUUAGUACAAUUUUUCAUUGCCAUGCCAAUGAUAUCAUUAGUAAAUAAUGUAUUAAAGUGGAGUAUCGGAGAAGCCAAAUUGAGAAUUAGAACCAAUUUGACAAUGCACAUGUAUCAAGAGUACUUGAAAGGAUUCACAUUUUAUCAAGUAUCCAAUUUGGAUAAUCGGAUAGCAAACGCAGAUCAAGUUCUGACUACAGAUAUCGAGAAAUUCUGCGACACAGUUAUAGAUCUGUACAGCAAUAUUAGCAAACCUUUGUUGGAUAUUGGCAUAUAUUUAUACAGAUUGACUACGAACCUUGGACCCACUACCCCUGGUAUAAUGGUUGCAUACUUGGUAGUUUCUGGAAUCUUCUUAACCGCCCUCAGAAAGCCAACAGCGAAAAUGACGGUCCAGGAACAGAAGUUGGAAGGAGAAUUCAGAUAUGUAAACUCAAGGCUAAUCACUAAUUCGGAGGAAAUCGCCUUCUAUCAGGGUAAUAACAGAGAGCAGCUGACUCUCCUCGCCAGCUUCUACAAGUUAACGCGCCAUCUGAGGAACUUCCUCAACUUUAGAGUGGCCAUGGGAUUCAUUGACAACAUUGUCGCUAAAUACGUGGCUAUCACUGUCGGCUUCUUCGCUGUGUCGAGGCCGUUCUUCGCCGUGGAUCACAACCUUCUCACAAAGGGAUCGGAGAAUGACAGGUUUAAGCAUUACUACACGUAUGGACGUAUGAUGGUUAAAAUGGCCGAAGGUAUUGGCCGGUUAGUGCUGUCCGGACGAGAGAUGAACAAGUUGGCCGGCUUGACGGCGCGCGUCACGCAACUACGCACCGUGCUCGAGGAUAUCCAGCGUGGAAAGUACACACGCACUAUGGUCGAUAAGAACGGACAGAACGCCAACGGUCCACCAGCGUUGAUGGCUCCUGGCGCGGGCCGCAUCAUCUACCAGGACAAGAUCAUCAAGUUUGACAAAGUGCCGUUGGUCACGCCCAACGGUGACGUCCUCAUUAAGGAGCUCACCUUUGAAGUCAAGUCAGGCAUCAACGUGCUGGUGUGUGGGCCAAACGGAUGCGGCAAGUCGUCUUUGUUCCGGCAGCUGGGUGAGCUGUGGCCGAUUUUCGGUGGUACACUCACCAAGCCACCAAAGGGCAAGCUCUUCUAUGUACCACAAAGGCCUUAUAUGACCCUGGGCACGCUGCGUGAUCAGGUCAUUUAUCCACAAACUCGGGAUGAAAUGAUUCGCCGGGGCCGCUCAGAUGAACAAUUGAACAAGUUCCUGGAGAUCGUGCAACUCUCGUAUCUGACAUCACGCGAGGGAGGCUGGGACGCUGUGGAAGAUUGGAUGGAUGUCCUAUCUGGUGGCGAGAAGCAGAGGAUAGCUAUGGCGCGUCUGUUCUACCACGAGCCACAGUUCGCGAUAUUGGACGAGUGCACGAGCGCAGUAUCCGUCGACGUUGAAGGACAAAUGUAUCAAUACUGUAGAGAGAUGGGCAUAUCACUGUUCACGGUGUCUCACCGCAAGUCGUUGUGGAAGCACCACGAUCACUAUCUGCAGAUGGACGGCCGGGGUGGAUACGUGUUCGAAACGAUCGACAGCGAAACCCAACAGUUCGGUUCGUGAUUCAUUACCGAAUGGUACACAUACAUAUUUAUAAAUUAACGGCAAAUGAACAAACAUACAAGUCAAUAAUGUGACUUAUCACAAACUUUAUUAAGCGUAAAGCCGUUCUAGAUUAAGCUUUAUUUAUAUAUAGCUUUCUUUAUUCAUAGAAAUGUCAAGCUAUUGAAUUGUAAUUGUAAUGUAAAUUGUCUCUGUUUAUUACAUUUUUCAUUUGAAUGAAAACACGAUUCAUUAGAUCUUACGUUUUUAUGAAUAAAUUUAUAUAUAUAUAUAUUUUAAUCAUAAUAAAUUAAAGAGUAUAAAUUAUAUAGUUUGAUAUACAAAAUUGUCUGUGAAAAUGUUCAUAACUUGUCGAUAUUAAUAUUUUUAAGACAAGUCCAAUUCGUAAGUUUUAAUACUUAGUGUUGCUAGAUUUAUGCUCUACGAUUUAUAUAUACCUCACGAAAGAAGUUCCCUGCAAUGUUUUAUAUUAAACACAUACUUCAACGACAUCAAAUGACGUUGAUAACUAUUUAAAAAAGAUAUAUUGUUUCUAAACCUUAAAUUUGAUUAUAUAGAUUGUAAGAAACAAUUAUUUGUUAAAACAAUUAUUAUGAACAAAAUAUAAUAAUAAUUACAAUAUUAUAGAAUCGCCAUUUUGGUUAUUGUUUAGUCCAAGGGACCUCCAUCAGAAAAUUCUACAGAAUUUAAAUUUAUAUAAAAAAUAGGCAAAACUAGUAAUAAAAUUUGUCAUUUUGAGAUGCAGAUCUCGUAUUCUAUUCCUCAUAGUUGUUAUAAAUAACUUAUACACAAAUUAAGUAUAUAUUAGGCUUUCUAUAGCCGGUAUGCCAAUGUGAUAUGUGAUAUCCACAUGCCUGCGUUUGUAUAAAACAUCAAAUGUUUUUCUAAUUAUAGUAAUAAUUACAUGAACUGUAUUAAAGUUACUGGCAGCGAA